CUCCUUAGCUGAUUGAUAAACACGUGAGCCCUAUCAGUUCUUCAGAACCAGAGUUGUUUUGGAGUUGUUGUUGUUUUUUUUAAUCUGAGUGAUCCAUCUCACCAUUAUUACAGAUCUUUGAAACACACGCCCAGCCUCAGCACCAGCUCAUCCUUUCUCCACGGGGCUUUUUCCCCCGUAUGUGCGCACACCAUCGUCUGAAGAAAACCAUGAUAGGCACAAGGCCUUGGUGAUCUGAAGACAAACACAUCGUUUGGUUGUUGGGGUCCGGUAUGUCUUUGAGCCUGCUCCCCCUCUCGCCAUGCUGUUCUUUCUCCCGUCGUUGCUUCUGAUUUCCUGCCUGGAUGGGGCGGUGGGAGCAGCGGAGGAGGGCGGCGGCCUGCCCUCCUCCUCCUCGCCCGGGGACAAUGGCCUUACUGCUGCGGUUGGAGACCCGUCCAGCACCGACCCGACCGCCCCAGGGAGAUCCGUGAGCCCCCCCGGAGUCACAGCAGACUCUCCGUUUGCCCUGAAAGUCCUGGUGAGGGACAUGGUGACCCGCCAGCCGCUACAGGGGGCUUCUGUGGACGUUUAUGUCAACCACACCCUAAAGAGCUCAGCCCAAACAAGAGAGAGGGGUGAGGUUCUGCUCUGGGUGGAUUACAGUCCUGGCCUCAGUCUGACUCUGUUGGGAAACAUGGAGGGAUACGUCCCCACCCCGCUGCCAUGGAGCACCAACAAGAGACCCAUUUUUUCUGCCGUGACGCUUCUGCUGCUCCCUCACACCCAGGGGAACAUCUGGCUGUUUGAAGACUCGGUCAUCAUCACAGGAAAGUUACCUGACAGCUCUUCCCAACCCAAAGUUAAGUUUCCCAAGAACCUCCUCACUUUGUCUGAUAAGAGUAAUAUCUCUUCAUUGACGGCGUACCUGACGGUGCCACAGCACCACCUGGCUAAAGACUGUGCAAACUGCACACCAGGCAUCAUCAGCAGCAAAUCAGUGUUCAGAAACAUCGAGCUGAAGGCCGUGGCAGCGAUCAACGUCCUGCUGUACUCUGGUGGUGAGGAGCUCCAAGUUCGAGGGCCGAUCCAGAUCAGCCUUCCCCUCAGACACGGGACUUAUCUCAGGGCUGCUGACACUGUCCCAGCCUGGGCCUUCAACCUAAAGACGGGUGCCUGGGAGAAUCAGGGUCUGGGAAUUGUGAAGACAGUUGGUGAUGAGUUGGUUUGGACGUACACUGCUUCCCACCUGGGCCACUGGAUCGCUGCCCCCCAUCCCUCAUCAUACGAUUACCUGGGAUAUGGAAGCUCCCUGGAGUUCCUCUCGUACCACACGUACCUGUUGGUGGGAGUUCUGGGAGGAACGCUGGCUGUCGUCAUUGGAUUUCUGUCCUUGCUGCUGUGUCACUGCAGUAGUUCUCACCGGGAGCCAAGGAGGAGGAGGAGAGCACGGUUCUCCAAACUCACCGUGGUGAAAAAAGACCAAACCACCUCCACCCACAUGGAGGAGGGUUUGCUGUUCCGCUCCGGUGAAAACAGCCUUGCCUCCUGCAGCGUCCAGUGUGAGCCCUUAUCCACACCAAGACACAAGGCCAACUACAACAUCUACGUGGAGGAUCCGGGGAGUCGUCCAGCAGCUCCUUUUUAUGAGAACAUCGCCCUGGAUCGGCUCAAAGGUUCCCAACAGUCGUCUCACUACAUCAACAAUGAUGAGGUGGCUCGGAUGAGAGAGAAAUCAGAGCAGAAUCGCAACAUGAACACUGACAACUUCUUUCAAGACAAGCUGGUCCAUCUCUACAAUCAGCCAGUGGCUAUCAUUCAGGCUCCAGAGCUUCUCAACAAUCAGGAGCAGCAACUGUCUGGCUGCAAGUCGGCUACUUUCCCCCGCAACGGAGUGGAGUACGACACGGAGCCAGCGAGUAAAGACAGCUACACCCAGACGCUGCCCAAAGUCCCUCACCACCACUCCCAAGGUGGAGGCAGCCCCCAGCAGAGCAGCCAAGAUGAACCCCAACCCCUGGAAACUCCUCCCCAAGGCCAAGGCCCGAACCCCAGCGUGUGGGGACGGUACAAUAACCUCCUGGAAUCCUCCGUCUCUGUGCCUGGGACUCUAAAUGAGGCAGCUGGAAUGGAGGGCUUCAACAGUGGGCAUGGUGUACCCAGUGAGCUGCAGGGGAUAUCAGAGCGUACCUUGCUGGAGCUGACCCGGGGAAAGCCCUUGUCGGCUCACCCGAGAGCCUGGUUUGUCUCCUUGGAAGGAAAGCCUGCUGCACAAGUUCGCCACUCCAUCAUCGAGCUCCAGGGUCGCCACCGCCCACCAAGCAGCAACGACACCAGCCUGGACUCGGGCGUGGACAUGAACGAGCCUCAGCAGAGCAUCCGUGAGACGGAGCGAGACAGACCUUCAAUCAGAGCCUCGUCCUUGUCACAUCACAGCCGAGGGGGACGCUACGUUGAGGAGCAGGACCUGAGCAGUAGUGAGAGUGGCACUACAGCAACCUGCACACCAGAGGACCCUUCCCUGAGGAACAUUUUGGACGGGAGCAGCGGAGCUAUUCCUAACAUUCCUGAAGAGCGAGAUGGGAUGGAUACAUCCAGCGCUCAGGAGGACAGCGAGUCCAGGGGUACGCCGCCUCCACGGCGCCUCAGGAAGGUGAGGGAGAAGGGGAAGACGGAAAAGAGGAGCGCCAAGCAUGUCCGUGAGGGGCGACCUCUGACCAAGCGAAGUUAGGGCAUAACAAAAGUUCUUUAGUGCUUAAUCUAAUGUCCCAUUACCUGUUGAACCUACACUGACCACAUUCAUCUGGCAGCCAUUGUCCUCUGAUCAGUCAGAGGAGAGCAGAUAUCCUGUUAUACGGCUGUUUGUCAGAUAACCUACAUUUAGAUCAGAAGCAGAGCGACGCAGCUUCACCACCUCGACCUGAUGACAGAGGGGAAUGGCCACCGUUUAAAUGUGGUUAAAUAAGCGAUCUCCAUCACAUUGUGUCAUCAGUGCCGACUGAUUUAAAGAAGUCUCUACCACUUGUGCUCACACAGGCAUCGUUGUUGUUAAUUUAUGUGAUUGUACAACUUUGCCAAAGAAAGCUAAGCUAUCUCAAAAAACAACGCAGGAUCUACGUCAAGUCUAAGCUUCAUGUAGCUGCUGUUAGACAAGUUUGUGCACCGUGUUUGCUCAUCCUACUGAAUCUGAAGAUCACCAGCGAGAUUCUUCACAGCAAAAUGUCCACGUGAACACGAUAUCCCACAAUCCCCAGUACUGGCAUUGAAGAGGGUGCCUUCUUUCUGCCUGUAAGUGUUCACUGAUUGCAAAAAGGGCGCAGUAUUUGUGGAUCCUCAAAAUGUGUUGAGACAGCAGGGUGGACACAGAUAUAGGUGUAUGUGUAGUGCACUUAACCUCACCAAAAAUGCCUGCUGUAAAUUAAAUGAGAAACAGAAGCGUACCCGACAUCUGGUUUAGAUCGUACUGCCUCGUUUUAUGAAAAAGAAACUCUGGGGUUCAUGAUUGGAAGCAGCUUACUCACAAAAUUUCAACUUUUGAAUGAUGACACAAAGUACUCCUGUAGCUGGGAGUCGAACACUGAUGUAUAAACCUGAGCUGCCAUUUGAAAGUGAUUACCUGAUGUUUAAGGUUUUUAGCCAACAAUAUUUUAGAAUGCAUGAAAACGAAUGUUUCUUUUGAGUGUAUGAAAAUAUUUUGCUGUAAAGCUAAUGUUGGACGUUGUAGCUGUUUGAUAACUUGAGGACUGAAUGAUUCGUUUCAUAGUCGAGACUUGAACAGAGACUCUGUCGUGCUGCCAACUUUAACUUCUGUCAGGAACACAAAACAGGACUUCUACGAUGUGUUUAUGGAUAUCUCAAUGUACAAAUCACACAAAUACCCGAGGCUAUGUUCAAAUAUUUAUUUGAAGUGUGACUGCAGAUGUUCAGAUUCCCUUUUUGAAGCCGAACAUGGAACAAGCAGCUUCUUUUAGGAGACUGAGUAAAUGUUGUCGAUCUGUUGGGAUGGUUUUAGUAAAGUUAUGACUCUGAGCUCUGAGGUUAACGUAGAAAAAAGGCCCUUAAGUCAGACAUGAUUUCUCUUUAUUAUUGCUGCUUUCUUUUUGUAUAGCACACAUGCUAUUAAACCUUGUAGUUAUUUUCUUUGCGACUGUAAUUUGGUGCCUUGGAGUUUUAAUUAAAAUCUGUGUUGCCAAACGUUUUGAUACUUUUGUUGACUGCGUAUUAACCGAAGAGAGAGAGAGAGGAUUUUAAACAUUUUUAAUUGAUAGUUAAUGGGUGCUGAAGAUAUCAUCCACAAAGUGGUUCUGAUUGAAGAUAGUGAUUGUUGAGGAAAACUUUGCACCAUUUUGAUCCAGACUAAAAUGCUCUAAGUCGGUUUGCUGGAGGCCUGGAGGAUGAGUCUUACUGUUCUUUUUUCCCCUGAAGACAAACACAGGUUGACGGUUGGAGUUUGUGUGAAAUGUUUCAGAUGUUGGAUAGGUUGUCUGAUGUGAUACAGUCAUGCCUUCUUAACAUGAAUCGUAACCGUAUAAACUCUAAGUAUGUCCGCUUUUCAUCCUUACUGGAGUGGUACAGUCCUACUUGUUCAGGUUUAACCCAUUUUAAACAAACAUGCAGACAGAAUAUUUCAGUUUGGUGAAAUGUAAAACUUCAAUGUCACAUGUAUGCCUGCUGUUCACAUUCGCCCUCUGCUUUUUGGCAUGGCAGUGUUUGAAGUCAAACAAAGAAGCACACUACACUUUAAAAUGUGCCCUUUAGUUCAACAGGCACACAGCGUUCCCAGAAAACUCCUCAAUUGUCAACGUGUAAAUACCACAACACGGCAACAUUGCAAUAUGAAUACAGAUACUAUCAUUGGCAAAAAAAAAAAAUCCUCACAGAUACCAGAGAUUAGUUCUACGAGCAAUAUUUACUAUAAAAUGAUCCAACUCGAAUGGAGCUCUGCAGCACCAGAUUUCGUCUUCCGUCGUAGUAAAUACUGCAAAAUGUUUCACUCAUGAGUUCACUUUGUAUUUAUUAGCUCAACUCUGUGUUCCUUUGUAUGUAUAUAGCAAAGCAGCGUUUUAUGUAUCCUGUAGCUGUGAUUAAGUUGAUUUUGUGCUGUUUUUUCCUCCAUCUUUAAAAGUCUGAGAGGUGCAUGAAUGAUUGGGUUUUUUGAGUCUGUACCAUGAGAUGUUAGAGGAUUGUUUUCAGCGUUAAAGAGCGAGCGUCUGUUCGAGGGAGAGUACAACGAGCCUGAGCUUUGUAGUUUUUAAUGUAGCAACAAUUUGAGCACUUAAUCGUUCAGUUUGCUUUCAGCAGCUUGAGAAUAUGAUAUACCCCGGCUUACACGGCGACACUUUGUGCUGAUUACUCUUUAAACUCAAACCUACUGCCACUCCCAGUUCAAAGUGAUAAAGCUGAAUGUAAUUGUUUUGAUUUGAAUGUUUUACUGUGUGCUCCUUUUGUGUGUAGCCAUUUAACCCCAUGGGCUUUGUUUCUUUGAAAGUAGGCACCUUUUGUGUUUACCUCUGUAAUAAUGGUAGUGUUAUUAGUCUUGCCUUUUUGUGCUCUGAAUUAAUAAACUUACUUGAUACCAAUGAUU